GCAUUUUAUACUGUAACAGAGUCCGUGCGAAACUUACAGACAAGUGUUUCAUAAUACUUUUGUUAACUAGUGGAAUUAAACAUUAGAUGAUGUAUUAUCAUUCCUUAUCCCACCUUACUCAAUAGAAAUGAGAAAUUACUUCGGAGGAACUGUUGGAUAACAAUAAUACCUUUUACAAUUAAAAAUUAAUGUCACCGGGUUACAUAUAAGUCGCAAUAAAUUGUGCAAUCAGUGUUGAGUAAUAAUCAUCUCAUUUCGGGAAUUAUCGCUGCAAUAUUUACCUGGGAGAAAAAAUUAUUUUCAGUGAUAAAUGAGAAUUUGUCUUGUCGUAUUACAUCAUAAAUACGUUCACAUAAAAUCAUUGAAAAUGCAUUAAAAACCCGUGACUUUAGUAGAACAAUAUUUUAACACACGAGACCUUUCUCGGAUCACGUGAGCUGAGAUGUCUGGUAAAUUGAGCCACUGAAAAAAAAUUACUUGUGCCCAUUAUACUUGAUCGAUGGGUGAUUAAAUAUCUUAUCGACCACAGAUCCUCGUAUCUGAUAUCGCAAUUCAUAUCAGCGGACGUAAUUCCCCCACUAUUCUGUCACUCGUAUUAAUCGAGCCAGAAGUAAAGAAAUUGCUGACUAACUCACGAUGGUGUGAGACAAACAGUGAAUUGCAACGAAGUCAUUUACAACCAUUGAGAAAACCAUGGGAGUCAUCUACCUAGGGCUGUUGAUGCUCCUGAGCCUCACGAGUGCCCAACACUUCCAUCUAGCUUUGAAUACCACCGAUGUGGAGGUCCACGUAGACGACACGAUCACUAUCCCAUUCUCCCUGUCAUUGCCAGAAAGUUACAAUGGUGUCGUUAGUAUAGUUGGAAAAAGUGCAGACAAAAAUAUAGCGACAGUAGAAGUUCCUCGGGGUGAACCUGAAGGACACGUUUGGAACGACAGUAUCAGGAUCAAUGGGCGGCUGCUGGGACUGACUUCCGUUGAGCUCGAUGUUGUGAAUGACGAUGAUAUUGUCACUGCAACCGAAAGACUCACCGUGACAGUGAUUCGCCCGGAACGUGUAAUAGACACUCUGUUCACAGUCAGUGUAGCGACACUAGUAUCAAUUCUGUACAUAAAUUUUGGCUGUGCAAUGGAUUGGUCGGUAUGCAGGGAGACCCUGAGUCGGCCCAUCGGUCCACUCAUUGGUGGAGUUUGCCAAUUUCUCAUAAUGCCACUCCUGGCAUUUGGCAUUGGACGAGUCUUAUUCCCCGACAAUCCACCAAUGCAAAUUGGUAUUUUUUUCACGGGCAUCAGUCCAAGUGGUGGUGCAUCAAAUAUUUGGACGGUUCUGCUGGGAGGAAAUCUUAAUCUCUCCAUUGCCAUGACUUCUUUAUCGACAUUAGCUUCUUUUGCAACCAUACCAUUCUGGAUUUUCACCCUCGGAAAACACAUAUUCGACAGUGGAAAUCUCAUAGUUCCCUACAAAAGGAUAGCCUACAUAGCGGUUGGCCUGGUGUUGCCCCUGGCAAUAGGAUACUUUAUCCAGAAGAAGUUUCCAAGAUUAUCCAGAAUAAUGGUGCGGAUCAUGAAGCCAUUCUCCGUCAUUUUGAUUCUAUUCAUCGUCGUUUUCGCUAUAUUCACCAACUUGUAUCUAUUCGAGUUAUUCUCGUGGCAGAUUGUAUUAUCGGGUAUGGGAUUACCCUGGUUGGGUUUUAUUUGCGGUUUGUUGGCCAUGACAAUUUGCCGACAACCGCGAGCCGAUGUUCGGGCGAUUGCCAUUGAGACUGGCAUUCAGAACACUGGAAUUGCGAUUUUUCUGUUGAGAUUCAGCUUGAAACAACCUGCAGCGGAUUUGACGACAGUACUUCCAGUUGCCUGUUCAAUGAUGACACCACUACCCCUGGGGAUCCUCUGGCUAAUAAAAUUGGUAGUGGAUCGUCGAAAAAAAAAGUACGUUCCAUCAAUGGAAAAAGCACAAAGCGAGGUACCACUGGCUACAACUCCCUCGUCAGUAGUUUCUAACUGAUGCCAUUAAUACCGAGCAUUUACUACUUAAUUUUCCAGCAGAUUGGAGGCUAAUGACGCUCAAGGAUACCUGGUAUCCUUGAAUUUCAUUGCAAAGAUCGGACCCUGUUGUUUUGUUCGAAUAUUAGAAUGUAGUUAUAACCGGUGGUUGUUUCCCUCCCUAGGAGUCAUUCCAUCAUUGGGAUGGAACAGUUGCGUCAAUGAAAAAUAUCGUCGUAUCCCUGUGCAGGGAAAAGUAAUACUCGAAAAGGGAAAAUUACCUAUUUGGCUCAAAUUGAGAAAUUAUUGUUUAUUCUUCUCUGAGAUUGGAGAGUUCAAUAUUUAUUAAACCUAGAUGAGUCUGAGAUGGGCUACCCAGCGUUGAACGUUGAACGAACCUAUCAUGUUUGUACAAAAAGAAUUAUAUGUAAGAAAAUUUUAUAUACGAUGGAAUUUACGGUGUAGAAAUAUUAUCCAGUGAAAAAUAUCUUCGUAUUUUCUAAGAUCUCAUAAAAAAAGAGCAUUUCGUUUGUUGAUAGGACAUGGGGACAUAAAUGAAAAAUGUCAUCGGAUCAAUGAAGAAUAUGAUUUUGGAAUUCUGGACUUCUUGGAAUUCAAAAAUUCAUCAGUGGAUCAUAUUCCCAUCCUAGAAAUUUCGAACUGGAUAUUUUUCAGUGGAUAACUGGAGUUACCACAGGGGGGAGAUGAACUCAUUCUUUUCAGUUUUUUAUUGACUCUGAAAUGAAAAAGUGCAGGAACACCCACCAUCUUCCCUUAGAAUUAAUGCCGUUUUGUUAAUAAUUUAAACAAUCGUUUUGAGAUGAACGUUAAAUCCUGUUAAGGCUGUUAUUUUGAAGUUCAUCCACCCAAUGUGACAAUCGAAAUUAUAAUAAUAUUUAUAGUGUAUUUGUUUUGUUGAACAAAAAACUGUUUUUUAUAUAAAGUUUGUAGAAAGAUCAAA